GUUGUUCAUAUUUCUGGGAGGCAUUCCGAGAUUCUUCCUGGAGAUUGCGCUGGGUCAGUUUAUGAAGGCUGGAAGCAUCAAUGUGUGGAACAUUGCACCUCUUUUUAAAGGACUUGGCUAUGCCUCCAUGGUGAUUGUGUUUUUCUGUAACACGUACUACAUCAUGGUACUUGCCUGGGGUUUCUACUACUUCAUAAAGUCUUUCAAUUCCACGCUGCCCUGGUCCACCUGCGACAACCCGUGGAACACCGAAAACUGCAUAGAGACCUUCCGCCACGACGACUGCCAAAACGGCACCAUUGGCAACUCCACAUUCGGGAACCUGACGUGCGAAGAGCUUGCUGAUGGGCGUUCCCCUAUUAUUGAAUUCUGGGAGAACAAGGUUCUGAACAUCUCUGAUGGGCUGGAUGAGCCAGGAGUCAUAAACUGGGAACUGAUGCUGUGUCUUAUGGCUGUGUGGGUGAUGGUUUACUUCUGUGUGUGGAAGGGGGUGAAGUCAACAGGAAAGAUUGUGUAUGUCACUGCCACGUUCCCGUAUGUGGUCCUGAUUAUUCUCCUGGUGAGGGGCGUCACUCUUCCUGGUGCUUAUGAUGGGAUCAUGUACUAUGUCAAACCUGACUGGUCUAAGCUAGGAGAGGCACAGGUCUGGAUCGAUGCUGGUACUCAAAUCUUUUUCUCCUACGCUAUCGGGCUCGGAGCCCUCACGGCCCUCGGCAGCUAUAACCGAUUCAACAAUGACUGCUAUAAGGACGCUUUUGUUCUGGCUUUUAUUAAUAGUGGCACCAGUUUCUUUUCUGGUUUCGUGGUCUUCUCCAUCUUAGGUUUCAUGGCAUCUGAACAAGGUGUGGACAUCUCUAAAGUGGCUGAAUCAGGCCCCGGUUUGGCGUUCAUAGCAUACCCUAAAGCCGUUUCUAUGAUGCCCGUGGCUCCGGUGUGGGCUGCCCUAUUCUUUAUCAUGCUGCUACUGCUAGGACUGGACAGUCAGUUUGUUGGUGUGGAGGGUUUCGUAACUGGAAUUCUUGAUCUUUUCCCUGGAAAGUAUUACAUGCGCUAUCAGCGCGAAAUCGCUGUGGCAAUCUGCUGUUUAUUAUGCUUCAUUAUAGAUCUCUCCAUGGUUACACAGGGAGGGAUGUACGUCUUCCAGCUUUUUGACUACUACUCAGCCAGUGGAAUGACCCUACUGUGGCAAGCAUUCUGGGAAUGCGUGGUUGUCGCGUGGGUUUAUGGUGCUGACAGGUUCAUGGAUGAUAUUGCCCGUAUGAUCGGUUACCGGCCAUUCCCGUGGAUAAAGUGGUGCUGGUCCUUUAUAACUCCAUGUGUUUGCAUGGGUAUCUUCCUAUUUCAUCUGCUGAACUACAAGCCUCUGACCUACAACAAUGUGUAUGUGUACCCGUGGUGGGGAGAGGUGAUCGGAUGGUGUUUGGCUCUCUCCUCCAUGCUCUGUAUCCCCGUUAGCCUUGUGUACAAGCUCGCUGGAGCCAAGGGAACAUUCAGAGAGCGUUGGGAAAAUCUGACCAAACCAGUGUGGGGAGCCCAUCACCUCGAAUACAUGGCCCCUGACACUGAUAUUAAAAGCCUGGCCUCUCUGUCUCCUGGAACGGAGGAGAACAAGUCUUAAAACAGCUGAUGGAAAUUGACGGUUACAUUUUGUUUCAUACAACAGAUCCUCUAGCAUGCACAUUACCAGAUGCUCUUCCUCUUCCACCUGUUGAAACUGCAAACUAUAUACAUGAUUUUUUUUUUAUUAUAUGCAAAGUUUAUUGCAGAUAUCAAGACUUGCAGGGUGAAAUCAGCAUGUCUUUGGAGGGGACAGUAUAGUGUAGCCUAUAACAUUAUUUCACAGAGCAGCAGAAUUCCCACAGGCCACUUUCCUGAACGUGAUAUGGGUCUCUUUGCACUGACACGAGGAUCAAAUCUGAGCAAGAAGCACAUGGAUAAAAUGAAGAAGGUGGGGGGGGGGAAACGUGU